AUGCCCUCAAAGCCCACCAUGAAGACCCUCCUAACCAUCCUCCUCCUCACACCAUCCACCGUCUUCUCCGUCCCCGUUUCCAACACCGUCACCCGCAGACAAACCAGCUCCUCAAGCCUGAAUACCGUCACAAACGCCGGCAGCAACACAGGCAUCAGCAUCCCCGACGGCCCAUCCUACAACACCAACGACUACUUCACAAACACGUACACCGAGACCCAGACCUCUAGCCCCGGAAGCCCCGGUUCAAGCACCUCAGAGGAGACCGGGUACACGGAGGCAGGCUCGAACACGAACAUUGCGAUCCCGGAUGGGCCCGCCGUGAGUCUGGGGGGUUACUUUGAGAAUACGUAUACGUAUCAGGAGAGCUACGACGAACCAGAGCCGGAGCCGGAGGUCACCGGGGAGGAAAUGCCCAGUGGUGAGGAGGAGCAGGAAGAUGAAGAAGAGACCCCCACUCCACCUGCAACGCCCCCGACCUUCCUCCCGCCGCCGCCUACCUCAACGCCGCCUACUGUGGAUCAGUACACGCCUGUUCCUGUGCCGCCCGUUGAGCUGGGUGAGGUUCCUGCUCCUGCAGCUGCUCCUGCCCCUGAGAUCGGGGCGUGUCUUGCUCCCGAGUCUGCACCUGCACCCGCACCCGCAUCCGCACCUGAACCCGCCCCCGAGCCUGAGCCGGAGUUCGUGCACGAGCCUCAGGACUUGAUUGAGCAGGCCAAGGAGCUGGAGGAGCCUGUACCUGCCGUGCCGGUUUCAGUACCAGUGCCAGUGACAGCACCCGAGGCGAGGGUCGAAGCAGAAGCGGAGAAGGGCUGCACUUGUGCUUGA